AGAUUAGAAAAUGCAAAUCUGAUGUAACCAAUCGACAGAUAAUAACAAAAUAUCGUUUAUCAUCAUCGUAACUCUAAUCAACUACCGUAUUUUACAAUACGAUUGUGCGAAUAACCUUUAAUAAGUUUUUCAUUAGCUCAAAAUACCCAAUCAAUAUAACACAAAUUUAAAUACCACUUUCUUAUUUCUCGAAACAUUUGCAAGAUUAAUUUCAGCAUUUUUCCUUUGCUUUCGCGAACUUUCUAUGGGAUACUUCAUAAUAUCCAUCCUUGAGACAUAAAUAGGUAUCUUUUUUCAACCAGUGUACGACCCAGCAUCAUUCAGGUCCGGUACUUUGGUUCAAGUUGAGAUUUACUAAAAAGACUGUCAUGACGGAAUACAAGCUAGUUGUUGUAGGGGCUGGAGGUGUUGGCAAGUCUGCGCUCACCAUACAACUAAUUCAGAACCACUUUGUAGAUGAAUAUGAUCCAACAAUAGAAGACUCUUAUAGAAAACAGGUUGUUAUAGAUGGGGAAACUUGUUUGCUGGAUAUUUUAGAUACCGCUGGCCAAGAAGAGUAUAGCGCAAUGCGGGACCAAUACAUGCGAACUGGUGAAGGAUUUCUACUAGUCUUUGCUGUUAAUUCGGCAAAAAGUUUUGAAGACAUUGGAACAUACAGAGAACAGAUAAAACGUGUCAAAGAUGCCGAAGAGGUGCCAAUGGUGUUGGUUGGGAAUAAAUGUGACCUUCAGUCAUGGGCUGUAAAUAUGACGCAAGCGAGAGAAGUAGCUCGUCAGUAUGGUGUACCAUUCGUUGAAACUUCCGCAAAAACUAGAAUGGGAGUAGACGACGCUUUCUAUACUCUAGUUAGAGAAAUCCGAAGUGAUAAAGAACAAAGAGGCAAAGAAAAACGAAAGCGUAUGAGAGCAAGAAGUUCUGGACGCCGAAGGCAUCGCUGCUGUCUUCUGUAAAUGGUUAACUAAUUUCUGUUACCUUUAUAUACUAUACAAGCGCGAGUAUAAUGUAAAAAGAAAAAAAAACCGUUGGGUUAAUUAACUGUGUCGCACAUUAGUGCAGCUCACUUUGAAACGCGAAGUAAAGCUGCCACCACAACA